GGAAUUAAGAGUGAUGUCAGAACAAGUUCGGGAAUGUUUUUGAGCCCUGAUGAGAGGAAGUAUCCCAUGAUACAGGCAAUUGAAAAACGAAUUUCUGUAUAUUCUCAAAUACCAGUUGAAAAUGGGGAACUCAUUCAAGUGUUAAGGUAUGAAAAGAAUCAGUUCUAUAGAGCCCAUCACGACUAUUUCUCUGAUUCAUUUAAUGUGAAGCGUGGAGGUCAACGAAUAGCAACAAUGCUCAUGUAUUUGAGCGACGGCAUUGAGGGGGGAGAGACAUACUUUCCUAUGGCUGGCACUGGUGAAUGUAGCUGUGGUGGCAAAAUGAUCAAAGGGUUAUGUGUAAAACCUACUAAAGGAGAUGCUGUUCUUUUUUGGAGCAUGGGGCUUGAUGGACAAUCUGACCCUGAGAGUUUACAUGGAGGAUGUGAAGUACUCUCAGGAGAGAAGUGGUCAGCUACUAAAUGGAUGAGGCAAAGACUUGUAUCCUAAAAUGUUGAUAUAUCUUAGAACAUUUUUGUCCUAUAGUGUAUCUUGAUAGGGAAAAAAAAGAAAAGAAAGGGGACUUCAAAUAUCUUUUUGUAAAAUUAGCAACAAAUGAACUAGGAAAUACAGUCAUAUAUAGUUUACUCAUUGAAGUAAACUUGAGCCAUCCUGGUAAAUGACUAGCAGAACAGGGGAGUGAUAGCAAGGGAGAUUCCUUCUUUGGCCUAAUUUCACUGCAUGUGUAAGGAAAAGGUUGCCAAUUUUUCCUUUUCUGUCCCUCAUACCAAACAAAGAAAGGAAAAUUGUUGUUCUUGAUUUUCUCAA